CUCCUUAGUUGAUCUCAGUUCUUCGAACAGGACGUUCCCAUCAAGGUUGACUCGUGCACUCAGUAUUUUAGAAGCGAAGUUGUGACUGUUUGAUAGUGUAGUUGAGAAGUGUGAAGAUGUGGUUUUUCAAGGUAGGAGCCAUGCUGCUCCUGGCCGCCGUGGUAUCAGCCAACAAUGCCACUACCGGGCCCAAGGUCCUCUGCUACUACGAUGGGCAAAUGGCUCUACGCGAAGGUCUGGGUAAAAUAACCGUUACGGACAUUGAGCUUGCACUGCCGUUCUGCACCCAUCUGCUCUACGGAUUUGCCGGCGUAAACCCGGAAACCUACAAGUUGAAGGCAGUUGAUGAAAGUCUGGAUUUGGAUUCAGGAAAAGGACAGUUCCGUCUUGCCACCGCUUUGAAGCGUCGUUAUCCAAAUUUGAAGGUCUUGCUUAGCGUUGGUGGAUAUAAAGAUUUAGCUGAGGAGAAACCAUUCGAAAAGUAUCUUACGCUGUUGGAGUCCGCUGGAUCACGGACAGCUUUCGUUAACUCAGUUUAUUCCACACUGAAGACGUACGAGUUCGAUGGCCUGGAUUUGGCGUGGCAGUUCCCACAGACUAAGCCCAAGCGCAUCCGCGGAUGGACCGGAAAACUGUGGCACGGAUUCAAAAAGCUGUUUUCCGGAGACAGCAUUCUUGAUCCGAAAGCCGAAGAACAUCGUGAAGAAUUUUCGGCGUUGGUGCGCGACUUAAAGAGUGCUCUGGUCCACGAUAAAUUCAUUUUGGGGUUGACAGUGCUGCCGCAUGUGAACGAAACUAUCUUCAUGGAUGUGCCACUGUUGAAGGAUAGCCUGGAGUAUGUCAACUUGGCUACAUUCGACCAACAGACACCGGAACGGAAUCCGAAGGAAGGUGAUUUCACCGCACCAAUCUAUGAGCUAACCGAACGUGUCGAAGGAAACAAUAUCGACUCAAAGGCUAGUUACUGGAUAAAACAAGGAACCCCACCCAGUAAGAUUGUUGUGGGCAUCCCAACCUACGGACGCGGCUGGAAGCUGGUGGAAAAGUCCGGCAUCACCGGCGUGCCCCCGAUUCCAGCGGAUGGACCUUCUGCUCCUGGUCCGUACUCUGGCAUCAACGGUUUCUACAGCUGGGCGGAGGUUUGCGCCCAGCUACCUAACCCAGGCAACGCCAACCUUCAGGGAGCCGAACAGCCGCUGCGAAAAAUUGGAGACCCCACGCGCCGUUUCGGAGCGUAUGCCUUCCGCAUUCCGGACGAAAAUGAAGAGCACGGAAUUUGGCUAUCGUAUGAAGACCCGGAUACGGCCGGAAACAAAGCUGCCUAUGUCAAGGCCAAGGGAUUGGGCGGAAUUUCCAUUUUCGAUCUGGGCAACGACGAUGUACGCGGAACCUGCGCUGGGGAUAAGUUCCCCAUUUUGCGAGCCGCCAAGUAUAGGUUGUAGAUGUCAUUUUAUAAUACUCAAGUGUGCUCAUCUAAUAUUUCAUGACAAGCAAUAAAGAAUCGAUUACCGUUUUUAUAUCUCGA